CAGCAUGAAGGUUUUCAUAUUCUUGGCUCUGGCUUUUGCCUCCGUGUCCGCUGGACUCCUGCCGCAAACUCUGCCAGUGCGUCCUCGUGACAGGAUUUCGACCCCGUCCAUUACAGGUCGCAUCACCAAUGGCAGGAACGCUGUGGCGGAUCAGUUCCCCUACCAGGUGGGACUCAGCUUCAGCGGCUCAGAGGGCAGUUGGUGGUGCGGUGGUUCCAUCAUCGAUAACUCCUGGGUGUUGACGGCUGCCCACUGCACCAGCGGUGCCUCCAUCGUGACCGUCUACUACGGUGCCACCGUCCGUACCAGCCCGAAAUUCACCCAAACCGUCACCAGCUCGAACUGGAUCCAGCACGCCAGCUAUGUGUCGCUCACUCUCCGCAACGACAUCUCCCUGAUCAGGACCCCGUCCGUCACAUUCUCGUCCUCCGUGAACAAGAUCGCACUGCCCGCCAUCGCCAGCAGCUACUCCACCUUCGUCGGACAAGUGGCCGUCGCCUCCGGAUGGGGCCUGACCUCCGAUACCUCCUCUUCGGUGGCCCGGGAUCUGCAGUUCGCCGAUCUCACGGUCAUCGCCAACUCCGUGUGCCAGGAGGCCUAUGGCAGCUUGGUGGUCACCAGCCGAGUGAUUUGCGUGGACGGUGUCAAUCGCACCUCCAUCUGCAGCGGAGAUUCCGGCGGCCCAUUGGCUUUGGACAACGUUCUGAUUGGUGUUACCUCCUUCGGAUCCAAAGAUGGCUGCGAAAUUGGAGCCCCAGCUGGAUUCACCCGCGUCACCAGCUACUUGGACUGGAUUAAGACCAACUCCGGUGUUUCCGCCUAAGUUUGUUUCUGAAAAUUGUACAGGCUUAUAAGCCGCGAGUCAAUAAAUUAAAAGCAUUUACUAAAUGAACAUGAA